UUACUUUUCUACUUUAACUUCUACUUGUCAGAUGUUUCCAUUAAAGUGUAUUAAUGAUUGUGCACAUUGUCAUUACAUUCAUGAAUGAUUUAAGACGUUCAGCCUGGACUCGUCUGUGGUGGAGGUCGUAGUAACACCUCCGCCUUCGCUCCUGAUAACUCAGUUACACCCCCACCUCCCUCCACCAACCCCCCAGGGACCGUUAGAGCAGAGGACAAAGACGCUUUUCAGGACUCCAGGAUGACUCACUAUGAGGACGGACUUGCUGUCGCCUUCCUUCUACUAACACACUUCAUUGGAGGUGGUUCUCUGACAAUCGAUCCACCUCAGCUGGUCACGGCGAUGGUCGGUGAUGACGUCGUUCUGCCCUGUCUGCUGGACCCCCCCGCGGAUGCUGUUUCCAUGACGAUGGAGUGGGGGCGAGCGGACAUGAAGCCCAGAUUCGUCCUCGUGUGGCACGACGGAAAGGAGCUGCUGGAUGACCAGAACGAGGCCUUCAAGGGCAGAACUUCACUGUCCAUCAGCGGGCUGGAGCGUGGAGACGUCUCUCUGAAGCUUUCCUCCGUGAAGGUGUCUGACAGCGGGACGUACCGGUGCUACCUCCAGAAACCCAACCAGGAGCAUCUGGUCCAGCUGCUUGUAGGUAGCGGUCUUUGGGAAGAAGCCAGCUCCAUGGAGUGGGUCCCUGUGGCUUAUGGGUUUGGUGUCCUGCUGCUCGGUGGUUUACUGGCUGCGUGGUAUAAAUUUAAAGACGUGAAAACACGGAGUGACAUCCAUCAGAAGGAGGAGGAAGAUGUGGCCCACAUGAGUCAGCAGAAGAAGGAAGAUGAGGCCAAAAUUAAUCCGAUGGUCUCCACACUACAGCAGCAGAGGAAGGAAGAUCAGGCCCACAUGGCUCAGCUGGUCUCCACAUUACAGCAAGAGAAGAAGGAGGUUGAGACAAAACUGACUCAGAUAGUCUACACACUACAGCAAGAGAAGAAGGAAGUUGAGGCCAAAAUGGCUCAGGAGAAGAAGGAGGUUGAGACAAAACUGACUCAGAUAGUCCACACACUACAGCAAGAGAAGAAGGAGGUUGAGACAAAACUGACUCAGAUAGUCCACACACUACAGCAAGAGAAGAAGGAGGUUGAGACAAAACUGACUCAGAUAGUCCACACACUACAGCAAGAGAAGAAGGAGGUUGAGACAAGAAUGACUCAGCUGGUCUCCACACUACAGCAAGAGAAGAAGGAAGUUGAGGCCCAAAUGACUCAGAUG